AUGGCGGCGCCCAGUGCGCUCCAGGCGCCGUUGCGCUCCCCGCCCCCCGCCCGAGGACCGCUGGGCGGCUUCCUAGCGAGAGGCGUGCCAGGCUUGGCUGCUCUGGGCCCUCCCCUUGCCCGCUGCCGCCCCUGCUCCCGCUCCAGCAUCCGCCUGAGUCACGGUGGUGCGUGUUCCCUAGCCUCUGGGCCCCGGCGCGGCAACGGAAACCGAACAGACCCACCGAGGAUGGCCGAGAAGGGGGAGGACAAGCCCCACCACUCGAGUGAGGGAAGAGCCAAUGAUUCCGAGCAAGCCCAGGAAGACGGUGCGGACGGGGCUGACGAAUCCGUUCGGAAAAAGAUCCGCCAAAGCACUCCCAGCCCGCAGAGACUUCCGAAGCCCCAGUCUAGUCCUCCUUGCUUCGUGUCAAUGGAUGAGCUCCUAGAGACAGCCAAAGGAGUCACUAAUAUGGCGCUGGCCCAUGAAAUUGUAGUAAAUGGGGACUUCCAGAUAAAACCAACAGAACUGCCAGAAGAUAGCUUGGAGAAGAGAGUCAGGGAGAUUGUCCAUAAAGCCUUCUGGGAUUGCUUGAGUGUCCAGCUAAGUGAAGAACCACCAACUUAUGAUCAUGCCAUCAAGCUUGUUGGGGAGAUCAAAGAGACCCUUUUAUCUUUCCUGCUGCCUGGUCACAGUAGAUUGAGAAACCAGAUCAGAGAAGUCCUUGAUCUGGACCUGAUAAAGCAGGAGGCUGAGCACGGAGCUCUGGACAUUUCUAGGCUGGCUGAAUUCAUUAUUGGGAUAAUGGGAACACUCUGCGCCCCAGCCAGAGAUGAGGAGAUUAAGAAACUGAAGGGCAUUAAGGAAAUAGUUCCCCUCUUCAGGGCGCUGUUUUCCGUGCUGGACCAGAUGAAGGUGGACAUGGCCAACUUCGCCGUGAGCAGCAUCCGGCCGCACCUCAUGCACCAGUCGGUGGAAUACGAAAGGAAGAAGUUUCAAGAAUUUUUCGAGAAGCAGCCAAACGCCCUCGACUUUGUCACGAAGUGGCUCCAAGAGGCCUCCCAGGAGCUCGCUGGCCCUGCGGCGGCGCAGCCAGGGGAGCCCGGCUCGGAGGACGCGGCCGGCCCCAGCCCGGUGGCCAUUCAGAACCACGCGUACAUGAAGCUGCUCAAGUGGGACCAUCCGCAGAGGCCCUUCCCCGAAACCGUCCUCAUGGACCAGCCGCGCUUCCAGGAGAUGCAGCAGGAGCUCGAGAGGCUCGUCGUGGUGGGGGCCACCUUGCUGGUCACGUACAGCGCCUCGGCCCCCGGCGUGUCCAGCCUGGCCGGCUUUGCCGAGAAACUCAAGAUGGUCGUUCGGGUCCUGCUGACGGAGAUGCACCUGCCGUCCUUCAGCCUGAGCGAAGCUCUCGCCACCAUUGGGGAGAAGGUGUGCCUGGAGGUGAGCAGCUGCCAGGCCCAGUGCGGAUUCCCCCCCUUCGGGGCCGACAAGGAGGUGGCCCUCAAGGGGCAGAUCCAAGCCAUCGCCAGCCCUGACGACCCCAUCCGCAAGCUCGUGGGUGCCAGAAUCCAGGGCUUCCUGGAAGCUUACCUAGUGUCUGGCCUCCAGAAGUCCCUCCCUGCCAUUCCUGGCGGAUUAGGCCCCAUCCAGAAGGAACUGGAGGAAGUGGCCGUCAAGUUUGUUCGCCUGGUCAACUACAACAAGAUGGUCUUCGGCCCUUACUACGACGCCAUCCUCAGUAAGAUGCUGAGCCAGGAGGGCUCCCGUGGCCCGGCCAGCUCAUAGAGACCCCCCCAGCAGCAGUAUUUAUUUAGUCGGCUACCACCCCUGUUCUCCAUGUAACGUUGCUUCGGAAAAUGGCUUUCUCUGUAACACAUUCCUCUUUCUCAGCAUUAACUCUAGAAGGGAAAACGGGUCCCCGUAGACGAAGAGAUGGAACUGGACGCUGAAUUCUGCUCUGGGGGGCCACGCGUGUACCCAAGUGUAUGUUUACAAGCCAAAGGAGCUUCCUUCUGUGGGAGCUGAGCCCAUCGUCGGCCCUGUCGGAGGGUCCUGGUAGCCCACAGGCUCCGACGCUCUCCUGAGAGCGGGGCAUUGGGGUAGCAGGUGGGGGAAAGUCAGGCGACCUUCCUGGAGCUUCUUCAGACGUGGCCCUGGAAAGCCCUGGGAAAGGACCUCUGGCAGGGCUGCGUCUCCGGGUUUCCUGCUGGCACUGGAAUGAUUCUCCGUUGCUAGAGAAUUUUUUUCUGGUUAUCAGGAGUUUGCUCUUUACCAUAGAAUGAACCCCCAGCGUGGAUGGUGGCAGCUCGGCCCACGGGGCCUGGAGAACAGAAAAGACAUUUCUUUGGUGUUUUUGAAAGCUUGGCAUUUGUAGGGAGAUUCAUUUUUUUAGAGAGAAAAAAAGUCAAUUUGAUCAGAA